UCUUCUUUUCUCCUGCCUCCUGCCCGCUUCCCCCACCCCCCUCGGCCUCGGCUCCGGCCCUCAGGCCUCCUCCGCUCGGCCGGCAAGCCUCGCUCGCCGAACUCGGUCCGCGCUUGUUGGCGCGGCCAGGUGGUUCCGUUUCACCAUUUUAAUUUAAUUUCUCAUUUGUUGUUGUCGUUGCGCGCGCGGCUCAGCCCCUCACUCUGUUGCUGUCGAGACUAUGUGGAAAUUACAGGAUGCCCAGUGGAAAGAAAUUUAAACCCACCAAAUACAUACCGGUAUCUACAGCCGCCGCCUUGCUUGUUGGUGCCACCACCUUAUUCUUCGUCUUCACGUGUCCUUGGCUAACAAAAGAAAUCUCUCCUGCAAUUCCAGUCUACAAUGGACUCCUGUUUCUGUUUGUUUUGGCAAACUUCAGCAUGGCAACAUUUAUGGAUCCUGGAGUAUUUCCACGAGCUAAUGAAGAUGAGGAUAAAGAUGAUGACUUUCGAGCUCCACUCUAUAAGAAUGUGGAAAUCAAAGGAAUCCAAGUACGGAUGAAAUGGUGUGCAACGUGUCAUUUUUAUCGGCCGCCACGAUGCUCUCAUUGUAGUGUGUGUGACAAUUGUGUUGAGGAUUUUGACCAUCAUUGUCCAUGGGUAAACAAUUGUAUCGGGCGAAGAAACUACCGCUACUUCUUCCUUUUCCUCCUCUCCCUUAGUACACACAUGAUUGGCGUUUUUAGUUUCGGACUAAUUUAUGUAUUAAAACAUAUUGAAGAGCUUGCUGCUCCACACACUGCCAUCACCAUGGCUGUUAUGUGUAUAGCAGGUCUUUUCUUCAUUCCUGUUGUAGGUCUUACAGGAUUUCAUAUGGUUUUAGUCGCCAGGGGACGGACAACAAAUGAGCAAGUAACUGGGAAAUUUCGAGGCGGUGUAAAUCCAUUCACUCGAGGAUGCUGUGGUAAUGUGGAAUAUGUACUUUGUAGCCCUUUAGCUCCAAGGUAUGUGGUCGACUUUAAAAAGAAAGAGCUGAUAACAAUAAAAUCCCCUUUUGUCAGACUUCCGUUGUCUGAAAGACAAAUUGCACUCAAGAUAAAUGACAAUGGGAUUCAGGACAGUCUGAAAAGGACCAAGUCUAAAGGAAGUUUGGAAGCUUUGGAAGUUCAAUCAUCAGACGUUGAGCCUCCACUCCCGCCUAAACUCGGUCCAAGCAAAUACGCAAACCUUAAAAAUCAGCUCAGCACUUCACCCAAUGAAGAUAGUGGUCUCUCAUCCAAGCCCAUCAAUCCACCCACUCCUGCCAUGUUUAAGUAUCGACCAACAUUCAGCAGUUCAGAUGCAAACCCCAAAGUCCUCUACCAUGCUGCUAGUGAUAAGAUUUCCAUGCAGGAGGGACAUAAAGAGCGAGCUAUUACGGAAGAGUGCGGCAGGGCCCAUGAUUACAAGUCCGAGCCAAAUCUCGAUAUCCCUGACUACAGAUCGCCAUCACUUCACAAGACCUAUCAGUCAUCACCGUUCCAACUUGAUUCACUCUCUGUUAACUCUCGUUCUCUGAGCCUAAAAUCUGCUCAUAGGAGAGGAACAGAUAAGGUUCAGAUACACCAAAUGAAGUUGGAUGGCUCAUCGCCCAAUCCAUAUAAAAACAUUUUUGGCCAAAAUUCGUUGUCCAACAGGAAUGGAAGCCUAUCAUAUGAUAGUUUGCUGAAUCCCACCACUCCACAUCCUGGGGUAGAUACCACAGUACAUACUGGAGUUUCAGCUGUGGGAUACCAUUCACCUUACCUGUCGGCCAAAAUGUGCCAGAUCCGAGGGGUGAAUCUCCAGCGUCCACCAGUGCAAGGUUACAGCCCCAUUCAUAGAACCUCACCACCACACCAGCGGGAACCUUCACCUGUCCGAUAUGACAACCUUUCGAAGCAAAUCAUGGCCUCCAUUCAGGAGCGGAAGGCAAUGGAAGAAAGAGGGCAACUCCUUCGAGCCUCACCUGAUUCAGUGCUUCUAGAUUCGGGGGCACAUGACUCACCUGGGUCAUAUAACCUGCAGCAAGUGAACACUUUACCGGAUGACUCGAGAAGGACAACCACUAGUGGAUAUGGUUCGCGAGAUAAUCUUCUGUCUCCUGCUAAUUACAGCACAAGGAACCCUGUAAUGCGCACUUCUCCAUCCUCCCUCUCGAGCACAGUGUCAAGGGUAACAAGGACUUCUACAAGUUCCCUUCAUGCAGAUAUAGCAAACAACAAUGUGCAGUCCCACCACACCUUGCAAAGCAGAGCUGUUGAGACUUCAUACAGGUCUCCGGGUCAUCAAAUCACAUCUUCCUCAUUAGUCAGGUCCCCGUCCUAUGGGAGCCAAAAGCCUUUGUCCUUCGUCACUGCUAUGGAAAUGUCAGAAGGUGUGCCUCAGCCUCUGGUUACUCCAUGUGAUGAGGUUCAGAUGAAGGCAGGUCACAGCAAAAUUAAUGGACAGCCAAAACGUUUAUCCAGGAUGGAUAGCCGGAUAAGCUCAACGUCUAGUUCCCAUGGUGCUACGGUCAGUCCCACCAGGCAGCCCAAUGUGAAAAAAGUGUCGGGUGUAGGUGGGACCACCUAUGAGAUCUCGGUGUGAACAGCCAUCAACCAAGGCAGCUGUAAAGCUGGAUGCACUGUGAAGACUAUCGCAGCAGCUGUGUGUUAUUUUUGCUCAACAAGCUGCAGCCUUAUUUCUCGAGAAAUAGUUUUACAACAAAUCAAAAAAGUGGUUUCAAUUCAGGGCAGGCCCACUGCAAACUUUUUCUUUUAUUAUUAUUUUUUUCUCUUUGCUCCAUAAAGUGAUGUUUUAUCUUUUUAUCAUAGAAAAGAUGUAUGGUUUUUGUUGAAACUGCUAUCAUACACUUGCCUAUCCAUUGGAAUCUUGUGUAAAAUUUUGUGCUGUGAUGGUUUAAUAGUAACCUGGACUUCUGUAAUGAUUUUAUGAUGGUGAAGAGUUUUAGUCUGGCCUGCCAAUCAAACUUGUUAAUACUAGCUUGACAAAUGUAAUACUUUUUUUUUGUGUUAAUAGACGUAGGCACACCUGUGUGGCACCAAAGCUUGUUGGUUUUCUUCCUUCUCUGGAGGAAGUGAUGCUUACACAUCAGCCAAAAGAUGUUUUAAAACUGUCCUCUAGAAGGAGACUUUAUGCCAUUAGACAACCUGUCCGAUAUCCUUGUAUGUGAGUUUUUGUAUGUGAGUGCACCUGUGUCUGUUAGAGCUUGAAUGGAAAAGUUAAAGGGUGAGUACAUUGUUAUGAGGCUUAAAAACCUCAAAGCUUUAAGAAUGUUUGUUUGAUAAAUAAUCUAUUAAAGUGUUAAAGGUUCCUAUCAGUAAUGAAAUGUUGGAAUUGACAGUAUGUACAAUUUCAUAUGUAUGUAGAAGAGGCGUUAAUCUGUGCUAAGGCUAAUGAUGAAAAGAAUAUUACACACAAGCAAACUGGCUGUUGUACUAUCUCUUGACUGAUGAGGUUUCAAAGUUCAGACUGUUUCCACACUGUUGCAAAGUAAUGGAAUAUGAGAUAUUUGCGCACUUGUUUUAUGCAUGGUACAUUUUUCGUUAUUGCCAUGGUUUUAAGGAACUGCUGAGGUGAAGUUAUUAUGUUAUUUUCCCUUGUCAGUGGUUAAAGGACAAGUUGACACACAUUCCUCUCCCACAUCUCUUGUGAUAUUGGUCUAGGAUUGGGAAAUGUUUCUCCAUUCUUAGCUGGGAUUAGUUUGCCUAAAGGAGGAAGAGAAAAUCCAUUCUAUAUCAGUUCUUCCAGUGCAAUGUCUCAUGUACUAUUUUGUUAAUUGUAGGCAAAGAUUGCAAGUAUGUGUUUCUUAUUACCUUUUAAGAUAGUGUCAAAUGUGUGAUGCAGUGAAAUUAGUCACUUUAAAUGGACCCUGGUUUACCAAUGUCCCGGUAAGCCUUCAGCUGCACCUAUAGCCAUUAAUCUUGAGGGUAUAAGUAUUAUUUUUGAUUCAGAUCUUUUCAUUCUUUGUUUUGGUCCUUUUGACUCAACAUCUGCAGCAGAUGUGAUUUGAUCUGUAGAAUUAAAUGUGCCAGAUAUUUGCAUUGUUUCCAGUGAAAUGCAACAAUCUUUGAUUCUCAGGUUUAGUUUGUUCUGGCAUAAAAGUCCCUUCGUGACUCAUGGAAGCCCCUUGUUGGCUAUUCUGGAAAGACCAUUGAGAUAUGUUGCAUCCCUGUCAUGUAUAUUUUAGAUAUGUUUAAGCUUCAUACUGUCAAGGCCAGGAGCACUUUUUGAAUCAAUCCCCUCCAUAGCAGUAUUACCAGCACCUUCUAUAGGUCUCAUCAGAAGAUCCAUAUCCUUUAUAUGACAUAAAUGUAUUCAUUAAGAUUGGCUUUAUUGUUAGGAGUUAGUAGUUUAGCACUAGUUCCACUUUAGAUAAGGGACAGAUAGUAAUAGCAGAGGCCCCCAUAAUUUGAAGAGCACAUUUUCUUUUAUUAGUUUUAAAGUAAUUGAGUCUCCUUGAAUCAAGAAUUCUUUACUGCAAAUUGGUUUCUUGCUCCGUAAAGAUUCACCAUUUUUAGCUAUUAAGAAAGGAAUGAAGAGAGGAAUGUAAAUUAGUAGCUUUAUAUGCUCUUCCUGUUCCUCUCUUUUUUUUGAAACUCAACCAACUAUUUUGUUUCCCUCAUCACCAGCUCUCUCAAAACAAAGUGAAUAUUUCUUUUAACACUUUGCAGAGUUAACAUCAGGUUGUAAUUCAGUCCACAAAUUUAAACCUCAGACAAAGUUAGUCCUUCACCUUCAUCGCAAUAGCUUUUCUCUUGACCUUGUACCAUAAUUAGUUUGCUUUAUGGCCCAACAAUUCUGGAUCCAUCUUAUUUUAGUACCAGAUUAAUGUCUUUCUGGGGGUUAACAUUAUUUAAUCCAACUCCCUUCUUCUUCUUCCAUUCUCUACACCCCCACUUCUAAUCAAAAAGUGAGUGCAUUGACGAGAGAAUCAGAAAUGUGUACAAAAAUACAGUUUUUAUAUUUUUAUGCCUCAUAAUCCAGUUUGGCUUUAAUCAUUUUUCCAUUUGAAGCCUAAACUCCUGUAAUUGACUUAUCUUAAAAAAAAACUAAAAAAAUUUCCAACAGGUAAUGAAUUAAUUUAGUUUGCAUGUAGUAAUAUAGCUAAUGCCAAAUCUUUACAAUUUUAGGAUUGUGUGAUGUCUUGCAUCUUCCAAUGUCAGUUUCUACCCAACUUUGAUUUAGUUUUUCCACUCCAUUUGUAUAAAUCUGUGCUAUUGACACUGAACUUCCUCCUCAUCUCCUGCUCAAGGUCAGCGCAGCACUUAUUAUGACAGACAUCCUUCCACUAACUAUUGUAACUGUAUUGAAAUGCUGCUUGAUAGCAGUUUAUAGCUGUUCUAUCAUUGCUGCUGCCAAGCUUGGUUAGAACUUGCUCAAUUACAAAACAGUAACAAGAGCUUGUAUAAAAUUUCCUCCAACCACAAAUAUAUUCAUCAAAUUUUGAAAACCUCAAAAAGCUUUUGGAAGGGGAGGAAGGUAGGUGGCAUAGCCAACUGGCUAGUUAAUGACAUGUAAACAACUUACAUUUAUAUUGCUCUUAUUUUAAAUUCUUUAAAACAAUAUGCAAUGCUAAAACUACCUGUGAAUUGUGCCUGUAAACUAGCAAGUCUGGUCUAACCUGUUCCUUGGAGACCAUAACAUUUUUUAAAAAAUCAUUUAUGGGAAGUGGGUGUCACUGACUGAGCCAGCAUUUAUUGCCCAUCUUGAGUUGUCUUUGAAGGUGGUGGUGAGCUGCCUUUUUGAACUGCUAUAGUCCAUUUAGGGUAGGCAGAUGCACAAUAUCAUUAGGGAGCGAGUUCCAGGAUUUUUGACUGAGCAGCACUGAAGGAAUGAUGUUAUUUUUCCAAGUCAGUGCCUGGUGUGGUUUUAAGGGAAGCUUGCAGGUAUGUCUGUGAGACUACUGUCCUAGUCCUUCUCGAUGGAAGUGGUAAUGGAUUUAUAAAGUGAUGUCUAAGGUGCCCUGGUGAAUUUCAUCUUGUAGAUGUUACACACUGCUGCUGCUGAGCACCAGUGGUGUAAGAAGUCAAUGUUUGCAGAUGUGGUGUCUAUCAAGUGAGCUGUUUUGUCCUGGAUGGUUAUAAACUUAUUGAUUGAUGCCAAAGUGCACUCAUGCAGGCAAAUGGGGGCUAUUCCACCACACUUCUGAUGUAUCUUUGGUUUAUGGACAGGCUUUGGGGAAUUAGGAGGCGAGUUACUUCACUGCAGUGUUCCUCACCUCUGAUCUGCUUUUUUGGCCAUACUAUUUAUAUAGAUAGUCCAGUUCAGUUCUGAUCAACAGUUACCACUAAAGUGUGGAUAAUGAAGCAUUCAGUGCUAGGAAUGUCGUUAAAUAUUUGCUUCGAAUCCUGUUUUGGAGAUUGUGAUUGCUUGACACUUGUAUGGCACAAACAUCACUUAUCACUGGUCAGCCUAAGCCAGGACAUUUUACAGUCUUGCUGCAUUUGGACAUGAACUGUUUCAGUAUCUGAGGAGUUUCAAAUGGUACUGAACAUUGUGCAAUGGAGCCAGCAUUCCUACUUCUCAUCUUAUAAUGGAGGAAAGAUCAUUGAUGAAGAUGCGUAGGCCUUGGAUGCUAUCCUGCGAGAUGUCUUGGAGCAGAGAUCUCCAACAACCUUAACUAUCUUUGUGUGCCAAGUAUCACUCCAAACAGCUGUGUGUGUCCUGUUCCCUGUUGGCUUCAGUUUUUCUAAAUCUCCUUCACCACACACUUCAUCAAAUGUAUCCAUCAUAUCAAGGGCAGUCACUCCCAGCUCAUCUCUGAAUUUCAGCUCUUAUGAUUAUGUUUGAACCAAGAAUAUAAUGAAGUUCUGGAUCUGAGUGGCCCUGGUAGAAUCUAAACUUAACUUCAUUGAACUGGUUAUUGCUGAUCAAGUGCCGCUGGGAAGCACUGUAGAUGAUGCCUGCUAUCACUUUACUGAUGGUUGAGAGUUGAUUGAUGGAGCGAUAAUUGAUUGCAUUGGGCUUUUCCUGAUUUUUAUGUACAGGACAAACCUGGGCAAUUUUCCACAUUGCCAGAUAGAUGCCAGUGUUUUCUGUACUGGACCAGCUUGCCUUGGGGCAUGGCAAAUUCUGAAAUGCACGUCUUCACUACUAUUGGCAAAAUGUUGAUGAGGACCAUGGCCGCCUUCCAUUUCAUGAAUUAAAUUGGCUGAAGACUGGUAUCUGUGAUGCUGAGGACUUGAAGGGGGCUGAGAUGUAUCAUCAACUCCGUACUUCUGGCUGAAGGUUGCUUUAAAAUCCUCCAGAUUUAUCUUUUGCACUGAUGUGCUGGGCUCUCCCAUUAUUGAGUAUGGGGAUGUUUGCGGAGCUGCCUCCUCUGGUGAGUUGUAAUAAUUGCUCAAUAGUAUUCAAUGACUGCAGAACUUAAAUCUGAUCCGUUGGUUGUGAAAUUGCAGUGUUGCUGCUUAUGUUGUCUGGUUGUUCACCAGGUUGCCACCUCAUUUUUCAGUAUGCAUGAUGCUCCUUCUGGCAUGCUCUCUUGUACUGUUUGUUGAAUCAGGCUUAAUCCCUUGGCUUGGUGGCAAUGGUCAAGUGAGUGAUGUGCUGGGCCCCUAGAUUGCAGGUUAUGUUGGAGUGGAGGUGUACUGGUGCUAAUGACUCAAAACACCUCAAGGAUGCCCUAUCUUGAAUUGCUUGAUCUGUUUGAAGUCUCUCCAAUUUGGCACAGUAAUAGUUCCACUCAUCACGACAAAUGUUAUUCUCACCAUAAAGAUGGGAUUUUGUCACCACAAGGAUGGUGUAGUUUUGACCCUUGUUGCAGAUCAGUGAGAAUAAGGUCAAGUAUACUUUUUCUUUUCGCUUUCCUCAGCAGCUCAUCACCUUUUAAGGGCACCUAGGGAUGGGCAACAAAUGUUGGCCAGCCAGCAAAACCCUCAUUCUACAAAUGAAUUUUUAAGAAAUACCCUGUCACAGACCUAAUCUAGCAGAAAAGACUUUUAGGACUCAACCAGAAAUAAUGGGAACUGCAGAUGCUGGAGAAUCCAAGAUAACAAAGUGUGGAGCUGGAUGAACACAGCAGGCCAAGCAGCAUCUGAUGAAUGGUCUAGGCCCGAAACGUCACCUUUUGUGCUCCUGAGACGCUGCUUGGCCUGCUGUGUUCAUCCAGCUCCACACUUUGUUAUUUAGGACUCAACCAGCUUGGUCAGUAUUGGUGCAGCUAAGCCACUCCUGAUGAUGGACUUUGAGGUUCCCCUCCUCUCCCCCACCCCCAUCCCCCAACCGAAUACAUUCCAUACCCUUUCCGCACUUGGUUCUGCCUCCAGAAUAGUGCUGAACAUGGAGGAAUGAUUCAUCAGCUGAGGGGGUGGUACUUGGACAUUAGCUGCGGUUUCCUUGUCCAUGUUUGACUUGAUGCCAUGAGACUUCAUGGGGUCAGGAAUCGAUGUUGAGGACUGUGGCAGCUCCCUACCCACUGCGCGUCGCCAUGUCUGCUAGGGCUGUCCUCCUGGUGACAUGAGAUAUUGUGACGGUGUUGUCUGGGACAUUGUGUGUAAGGUAUGACUCUGUGAGUCAUGUCAGGAUGUUUUACCACUUCAUGAUUCAGCUGUCCUAAUUUUGGCACUGGCCCCCAGAUGGUUAUAAGAAGGACUAUGCAGGUUUGACAAGGCUGAGUUUGCCGUUGUCAUUUUAGUGCCUUAAUGCCAGGUGGUCCAUCAGUUGCUUGCCUUUUUUGAGACUUUCUAGUGGUUAAUACAACUGAGUGGCUUGCCCCUGAUUCUGGGGCAUUGAAAUGGCUGUUCACAAUGUCCCAUUUUCUGUUUUGAAUGUCUAGUUUUGGUUUGCUAAUGGGAAUUAUGUCACCAGACAAAAGUGAAGUCUGGUAGCAAAUGGCUGUAUGCUGUAUUGUGCAGCAAACACAAAAGCAAUGUCUUUGUUCUAAAUCAGUGAUUUGUUAUUAGUUGGUAAAUUCACAUGCGUAGAACACUGACUGAAAAUUGAAUUAGGCUGGAAUGGCAAAGUGGAUGCCAUUGCUGGAUUCUGGUAAAAUCAAUGAUGUGUAAUAAUCUUCCUUUGUUCUAGAACACAGGUUUUGCUAGCCAGGCAUUCUAGGUUGAUUUGAGAGGCACUGUUCCCAAAGAGUUCUCAGAGAGCCUAAUUCAUAUGUCAAUUCAUCAGUAUAUGUGAAACAAAAUUACUUGCUUAUCAGAAGUGAUUUUGAGUUUGUUUGACUUCUCAUGUGUCCCUUUUUGUUGAAGCUUGGUAAUGGAACUGUGGGAUGUAUUGUAAUUUAAAAAUAAAGAAUUAUGGCCUUGAUCUGAACCCAGCUUGGCAGGCUUAUGCAAAAUUGGUUUGCAUAUAUACUGCAUCUUUCACGACUUCAGGACAUCCUAAAUUACUGUUGCAAACAUUUGCACACAAUAAGCUCCUACAAACUACAAUGUCAUCAUGAAAUCAAAGCAAAAUUCUGGCAGUAUUCGGCAGGUCCAGCAAUGUCGAUGUAGAGAGAAGCAGACGUCAGAUUUACAUUGACCAGUUCUGAAGAUUCCUAGCACUUUAUUUUAUUUCAGAUUUCCAGCAUCCACAGUACCUUGCUCCUGUCAUUUGAUGUGUUUUGGGAUGUUGGGAAAGAAAUAAACACUUCUACCUGAGUUGUUGCAGGUGGAUAUGACGAAUAUAUCACGGCAAGCAAGGUGACAGGAUACUCUUUAAAUUACUAAAUUUCCACAGUGACUACACUUCAAAAGUACUUCAUUGGUUGCAAACACUUUUUAGGUUAUACUGAGGUCCUGAAGGACACUGGAAACACAUGUCUAUUUUAGUAAGUGAGGCUAGCUGGGGAAAUUACGAGCGAUGAUUAGCGUGUGGUCAGCCUUCUGAGCAGGGGUUUUCAUAGAUCUGUGUGUAACCAAUCAUUUUAUAAUGCUUAUUGUCUGAAAAUAUGAUGUGUAAUAAUAUAGUUACUUAGCAGGUUACUUGAAGUAGUUUUGUUUCAUCACUUUUACUUGUAAGUCACUAGCUGAAGAUUCCAAAUUGGCAUUCUGACUUUACUGGUGUGUAACUGAAAGCAUUCUUGAACUGCCUAAUGGUUAAGUCCCUUUAAGCUGGAAAUUUGACUUGGUCUCCUCUUAUGCUUUAUAUAAUACGACAAAAAUGUACUCAUGGGUCAUCCAAGUGGACAACAUUUCAAACUAGGUAAUGAUCAUGAUAAUUUCAAAUUGUUGUGUUCUGCAGAAUAACAAAUCACCUGUUCAGUUUAUUUGGAGUCGAGCAAUAAACAAAAUGCCUUCAUGUUAAAACUAAGAGCUUUACGAGAUUGUAAUGUGUUAGGACUGUGCCUUUUACAUUUAGGGAAGUGGCUUUUGCUGAGGUCUUUUUGACAAUAGUUCUGGUUAAUGGGCUAAAGAUUAGUGGAAACCCUAUACUGUUUUAUUGGGAAGAUGAUGUAAAGUAUUCACACUUAUAUACAAUGAAGAAGGCAAUUGUGAUGCCUUUGGACAGACUGUGGAUCUCCAGGUAUAUCAGGUUUUAAAAGGGUAUAAUUUGAAACUUCUUUUGAAGAUUAGAUUUAGAUUAGAUUCUCUACAGUGUCGGUACAAGCCCUUCGGCCCAACAAGUCCACACCGCCCUUUGGAAUAUCCCACCCAGACCUAUCCCCCUAUAACCCACACAGCCCUGAACACUAUGGGCAAUUUAGCAUGGCCAAUCCACCUAGCCUGCACAUCUUUGGACUGUGGGAGGAAACCGGAGCACCCAGAGGAAACCCACGCAGAUACAGAGAAUGUGCAAACUGCGCACAGACAGUUGCCCGAGGCUGGAAUCGAACCUGGGUCUUUGGUGCUGUGAGGCUGCAGUGCUAACCACUGAGCCACCGUGCCGCCCGAUUUACUUGAUUCUAAUGUCCAAAUUUGAUUAAGGUCUUAAAAAAUAAUUCGCUAACAUUUCUACCUAGAUAUAAGACCCAUAUCAUCUCCAUUAUUCCUAUCAAUGUAAAAGAAGCCAUUGUAAAACAUUGGGUUAUGGGUGCCCCCAUUACAUCAUUAAGGAGGUGGAUUAUCCUUCCAAGGCCCUAGAGAGGGAAUAGUUGGCAGCCAGAGGUAAAUAUGGUUCAUCAGACUUAAACUUAGGUGGCAGUUUAAGCUCUGAUUGCUUUAACUCCACAGGAAUUUUUUUUUGAAGCUGAUAAUUCACGUUUCUUGUGCUGAAGUGAGGAUGUCCAAUAAUGUUCUCCUCAUGUAAACAUUUUUAAGAUAGUAGAGGAGAAAACAAAAGAGCAGAAAUAAAUCUUUGGAGUCAAGAAUCAUUUGGAUUGAUUUUGGAGAAUUGAAUCUCUAUUUAAAGGACAGUGUAAUGUGUAGGUUUGUUCGGGUUAUACUAAAAAUAAGAAUGAUAUUCUGUGAUUCAAAAUAUAAGCUGUCUCCAAAAAAGUGUUGAGGCAAAGGCUUUUAGUCUCAUGUUCAGUAAAGGGCUUAAAACAUGAAAUCUUGUCAUUUUAUUCUUUCGUCUAUCAACUAGAAGUUCAAAUUUCUUUCACCCUCUGUCAAAAGUACAGAUAAAUUGCUGGUAAGUACCAUUCAUGUUUCACAUGCCCAUAGAUAUUUAAUUUUUAAUCUGCACACCAGUUCCUGAUUGGCUUUUAUUGAAAUCUAGUUUGUUCUUCAUCUUUAUAAUUUCAUAAUAAGCUUUAGUUAAACUCCCUGUUAGAUCAUGCAAAGGAGGGCAGACUAGCAGCUGCAUGUGAUCUGCAAAUACUGUACAGUCAGCACAAUGAAUUUAAAAACCUUUUAAGUGGAACAUUGUCAGUAAGCCUAAAUCAAAUUCCUUUUCCAACUUUGUGUCUGGGUUUCUUUGGAAGAUGGGCAUGGAUCCAAUCCCCUAACAGCAACCGCUUAUUCUAUUGCAGUAGUUUAUCACUGAGAAAUUUGAUUUAUCUGGUCAGUAAAAUUUAAUUUUGCUCACAUAGUGAAGAUUCUUUUGACAGUGAGGUUUAGUGUCUUCAAAUUUUAGUGUUUUUAUUCUCCACUGCUUGUCUGUUAUUGUCCUUCCUCUGUGAAUGUGUCACUCCAAAUCUAGUGGGCAUCUCUUCAGAAUUGAGUAAAUAGGCUUACAAAACAAGCUGGUGUCAUUUUCUUUUUAAUCAACAGGUUGGCUCAGAUGUGUAGAAAGACUCUUCAAUUUCUUGUUUAUUAUCCUCCAGCUGGAUAUGAAGAAUCUUUGAUUUAUUUAUCCUUGAUUCAUCAGUAAUUUUUUUUAACAGUUACAAAAUUAUUCUUGUUUCUGCACACAAAUCAUCUUGAACUUUACAGAAAUAAUACUUGAGAGGAAAAUGUAGUCAAUUUGAGGCAGGAAUUAUACUAGUUAAGAUAUCAUAGAAUUUCUUCAGUGUAGAAAGAAACCAUUUUGGCCUAUUUGGAUCUGCACUGACCCUCCAAAGAGCACCCUACCCAGACCCACUCCCUAACCCAUUCCUGUAACCCCACAUGAAAGUUUUUAAACUAACUAACUCACCUAACCUACAUGUCUCUGGAAACUGGGGGGCACAUUUUAGCACGGCCACUCCACCGAUGUUGCACAUAUUUAAAAUGCAAGAGGAAACCCAUGCAGACACUGGGAGAAUGCCUAUGUGGAGUUUGCACCAUCACUUGGUGCUGUGAGGCAGCAGUGCUAACCGCUGAACCACUGUGCUGCCCAAGUUGCUUCAUGACUGAUGUAAUUUGAGUUAAUGGUUGUAAGAUCAAACCAUGCUCUAAACAUAAGCGUACUAAUACACACAUGGUGCAGUGCUAAAGGAGUGCUGCAUUGUUACAGUUGCUGCUUUGGAUGAUAAGUUCAGAAGCUUGGGAUGUAAAAGAUCUCUUGAUGUUAUUUAAAGAUUGGCAGGUUAUAUUGUUCUGUGCAGUGUUUGUUCUUCAGUCAGUGUCACAAAAACAAGCCAUCAGGUUAUUAUCGUAUUAUUAUUAUUAUUAUUUGUGAAGUUCACCCUGCAUGAAUUGUUUUCCAUGUUUGAGAUGUUACUUACGUUUACACUUCAAAUGUUUCUACUUGCUGUAAAGCACUUUAGAAUGCUGUGAGAUUGUUAAAGGUGCUAUUUAAAUGCCAUUCUUUUAAAUAUUUACUGAGUUCAAUCAUCCCCUAAUUAAUAUUUAAUUUGAAGCAUUCUUCUGUCAUUUCCAUAUUUAUCACAAAUCAGGAGAUUAAAUAUUUUAAAUUUGUGCUUCUUGUUGGCCACGACGUAACCUAAGCUACGUCUCUACUGAUCACCUUACAACAAAUUGCAAUAUUAACAUUCACUUUGACCAAAGUUAUUCUAGCCUGUCCAUUUGUAUUUCAUAGAAUCAACCUUUUUGGCUUUUGGCAGUAUUUUGAUUUUUGAUGUCCACUAGUAGAUGACUUCAGUUCAAAUGCAACCAUUUAACUAAAGUGCAAAUAUAGUCCAUCAUUUGAUUGUCCAUUGCUUGUGGGCUUUGUGUACGAAUCAGGCUGUCCCAUUUCCUCCAUAAAUAUUCUGCAAAAUAAAUGUGUUAGUUACUUAAAAGGGUUCUUGAGUUAUACAAAUGCAGAGAUAAUGGGAACUGCAGAUACUGGAGAAUCCAAGAUAACAAAUUGUGAAGCUGGAUGAACACGG